GCACAGUGUUGUUUCGUUACAAAACGAAAGUAAGCAUUGCGUAUGCGCCUUCAUAAUUGUCCAAGAUGUCGACACCGACGGUCAUGAAGUUGGGUCCUGUCAGAAGAUCAUUAGUUCAGCUUAUGCAGACAAGAUGUGCACAGACAUCAGCGGCAACUGCACCAGAGCCAGCCAGAAUGAAGAAGUUUGCUGUGUACAGAUGGGAUCCAGAAAAGCCAGGAGAUAAACCCAAGAUGCAGACAUAUGAAGUGGAUCUAAACACAUGUGGUCCUAUGGUCCUUGAUGCUCUUAUCAAAAUUAAGAAUGAAAUGGACCCCACUCUAACUUUUCGACGAUCCUGCCGCGAGGGCAUUUGUGGCUCUUGUUCAAUGAAUAUUGGUGGAAGCAACACAUUGGCUUGUCUAUGUAAGAUUGAUGAUAAUCUUGGUAAAGCCACCAAAAUCUAUCCCCUUCCUCACAUGUAUGUUAUCAAAGACUUAGUUCCCGACAUGAGCAACUUCUAUGCUCAGUACAGAUCCAUUGAACCGUAUCUGAAGAAAAAGGAUGGCAGUGACAAGAACAUUGGAGACAAGCAGUACCUACAAACCACAGGGGACAGGGCUAAACUGGACGGUUUAUACGAGUGCAUCUUGUGUGCUUGCUGUAGUACAUCCUGUCCCAGUUACUGGUGGAACUCGGACAAAUACCUCGGGCCAGCGGUCCUCAUGCAGGCUUACAGAUGGAUGGUGGAUUCACGUGACGACUACACCAGCGAACGGUUGUUCCAAAUGGAGGACAGAUUUUCUGUAUAUCGAUGCCACACCAUUAUGAACUGCACAAAGACUUGUCCAAAGGGACUAAAUCCAGGACUUGCCAUUGGAGAGAUCAAGAAAAUGUUGGCCAAAUACAACAGCAAGGAAGCAAAACAACUGGCCCAGGCCUAACUCUUGUACUCUGUGUGUAGGGAAAUGUCUGCAGAGUCAGACAAAACUGACUGAAACACCUUGAACACUAGCAAAACUCGGAAGGAGAUGUCUUGUGUAUUGCUUUUAUAUCUUAAUCUUAGCAUUUUCUCUGGUAAAUUUUGUGAAACUUUUUAAUAUAUUUGAUAAAUCUUCGAUGUUUGUGGCAGAGAAUACCUCACAGCUGAUUAAUUCAUUAACUGUUGUACACAUAACCUGUUUAAGAUUUUAUUUCUGUGUACAAUGAGUUUGCUUGUUUAUCUAUUUAUUGUAUCAAGGACAAUAAAUUUGUUACCUAGAA